AUGGCGACAAGCACAUGGCUCGUCCAGGGCCGGCUCCUCCGGCGCGACCGCACGUUCCACACGUGGAAGGGUCGGCAGGUCUACUUGGACAAAGACACGCUGCUCUUCUUCAACUCGCGCGGUGUCAAGCGCAGCGAGAACUUCCGCGUGAGCCCGACAGGCGGCGUGCCGACCGCCGCCGACAUUACGAUCAGUCUCUUCGAGUCGCCCAAGCCGCAUGGCUUCAUCCUGCGCGUCCGUGACGACAAGAUCUUCCUCGCCGCCGAGAACGAAGCCGACCGCGACAAGUGGGUUGAUGCGUUCGUGGCUCAUUGGGGCGCAGUCCUUGACAAGGCCAGUGUCAACAUCUCGACCGACAAGACGCUAUGGCAGCAGCCGCGCCACUGCGACGCCGUCGCCACCGCCAAGACCUUUGGUCCUAUGAUCGAGACCCUCUCGGCCGUCCAGUUUCCCGCCAAGCUCCGAGCGACCGGCGACGUACUCCUCGGCGUUGGGCCGUUCGUGCGCCGUGUGCGCUGGAACGACGAGCCGAUCUUAGCCGUCGCCUUGUACAUCGACCCGAUCGAGGCGCGCAGCUUGUUGGCGCAUUUUCACGACACACCGCUGCAGAGUCUCAUCGACGACCAAGGCUUUUACGCUGCGCUCAUGCGAUCGCCGGUGCGCAAGACGCUCGUCUUCUCUUGUCGGAAGCGACUCUCGCGCGCCGGCAUUGUUGCCGCGCUCCACGAUGAAGUUCGCCCGCGUAUUGGGGCCGCGGUCCACGAACUGGAACAACUCGUGUCCUUCAUCGACAAGUCGCUGCGAAAGGGCGAAAGCAUGAUCUGCACCUUCUUGCCGUCGCCGGGACUGCUCGAUUUUCACUUUAAAGGCAUCUCGCACCCGUGCCUUGCUGCCCCCGCGCUCUCUCGAGCGCUGCAAGGACUCUUCUUCGAUAGCAACUCGGUCCAGGUCCUCGCCAAGCGGGGUCUCGUCGAGCGCCUCCCGUGUCUCUGGGGCAAUACUACUGGCAGCACGACGGCUGCUGCGGUGCCUCGGCCUUCGGGCGACAUGGCACCGAUUGCCGAAGACGACGAUGAUGAUGACGACGAAGCCGAUGACGAAGACGAUGACGAGGAUGACGACGACGACGACGAUGACGACGAAGAUGAGGGUGUCGCGCCCGAAGAAGACGCGCACUCUGUGCUCGCGCCGCGCAAAAGCCUUCCGUUUGGCCCGCUCAUGGACCCGGACUCGAGCCAGCUCUUUCCCGGCAGCCUCGGCGAUGGUGCAGUCCUCCUCGGCACGUGGUCGAGCGUCAACGUUCCUCAAGUCGCCAACUACUCGGUCGGGCUGUACGUUGACCCGGUCCAAGCCAGCGCCCACCUCCUGCGCUUCAAAGGGCUCUCGUUUGGCAGCGUCGCCGCGGACCCUGAUUUCUCGGUCGCCUUUACGACCGGCGCGUUCCGGAAGCGUCUCGCGAUCGUGCAUGCGACGCCGGUGGUGCUAGCGAGUGUCUGCGACCUCCUCACGUCGCUGCUCGUGUCGGCGCACCUCCUCGACGACACCAAGAGCAUCUGUGACGCGUUUGCGUCACUGCCGCCGCGCCUCGACGCUGGCGAGCUCCUCUUGCUCAACGUCCACGCGGACAGCAGCUUCUCGGUGAGUGUCGGCGCCGGUGCAAUCGAGGUCGGUGGUUCGAACCCCACGCUCUCGAAAGCGGCGCAGACAGCGGUCGGCACGGCCCUCCAAAGCCUCUUUUACGGCUACAGCACCCCCGAUGUGGCGGCGCGGGCGCGCUUGAUGCAGCGGCUGCCGUACCUGCUCGACCAUGCCAAAGCCGACUCGGUCCAUACGUACCACGACGAAAUUGCGAUGCUCAAGGAAAACUAUGACCGGUUGACGCCGGCCAACCGCGUCAAGGUCGGGUAUGUGCACGUCUACAACCAGCGCCGCAAGAUGAUGAUGCGCUGGUCGCGGCGCUGGUGCCGUCUCGACGGUGUGGUGUUUUCACUCUUCAGCCGCAAGGACAGUGUCAAGCCUCGCGACGCGUUCGUCAUCUCCGACUGCCAUAUCGACGACGUCUCGUCACAAGAAGACAUGCGCGUCGAGCUCCGGAAGCUCAGCCAGAUCUGCGUGCUCCUUCGCAUUUCUCUCCCGACUGGCGACAGCUGGGUGCUGCGCGUCGACAGCGUCUACGACGGCAACGAGUGGCUCGACGUCCUCCGCCAGGCCGCCGCCAUCGUUCCGGAAGACGUCGCUGCGAUGCCGCCGCUGUCGCUGCCGCGAUCGCGCCGCCGCGAUAUUGUCCCCGACGACUCGGACGACGCUGCCACGUAUGACGAGCCCGAGGACGACGACGAGGACGACGACGAGGACGACGACGCAUCGAUGCGCAAGCCCUGGCGCGCCGACGAUGAGUACGACGAUCAAGUCUCGGACCGUGCGCGGGCGGGGUCGCUACUGACAUGGGUGGCCGCGGACGCCCGCAACCAGCUCAUCGUGCUCCUCCUCAGCCUCGUUGUCUACCUAGCAUCGUGCGAUGGAAGCACGUACAGAUAGAAAUCACACAUGUCGCCAUUCUCAUAGAUCGGUCAGGCUCGUGC